AUAGAAAUUUUUAUUUGCGAAUUGCUACCGAAAUACCUUUAAAAAAACUGCUAAUUGGCGGUUUCGAAAAAGUUUAUGAAAUUGGUCGUAUAUUUCGCAAUGAGGGUAUUGAUGCUCGACAUAAUCCGGAAUUUACUACUAUCGAAGUUUAUCAGUCCUACGAAAACGCGGAAUACAUGAUGAAUUUGACCGAGGAAUUGCUACAUUGUUUAGCCCAAGGAGUCCUUAAAAAGGAAGAAUUUGAAUUCAACUCCCAUAAUAUUUCGUUGAAAGAACCUUUUAGAAAACUUUCAAUGAUAGAAGCAAUUAAGGAAUAUGAAAAUACCGAUUUUAAUGGUAUAAAUGAUAAAAAAAAAGCAUUAGAACUAAUUAAGAAUUAUCAUUUAGAAUUAAAACCUCAUCAAAAUACUGUUGGUCAUAUCGUUUUGGCUUUUUUUGAAGAAUAUGUGGAAAAAAAAUUAAUUCAACCGACUUUUAUUUGUGAUUAUCCGAUUGAAAUUUCGCCAUUAGCCAAAAACAAAGCAGACAAUAAAGAUAUAGCAGAUAGAUUUGAAUUGUACAUCGGAGGAUUAGAAUUUGCUAAUGGUUAUAGUGAGUUAAAUGACCCCAUCGAGCAAAAAAAAAGAUUUGAAGAGCAAACUAAACAAAAAGAGUUAGGUAAUGAAGAAAUUGCUAGUUUUGAUAAGGAAUUUAUUGAAGCACUAGAAUAUGGGAUGCCGCCAGCGGGAGGAUUAGGAAUUGGCAUAGAUAGAUUAAUAAUGUUAUUUACCGGUCAAAGUAGUAUUAAAGAAGUAAUUGCUUUUCCGCAAUUGAAAAAUAAAAACAAUAUUAUUCAAAAUUACAUAGUUUUCAAUUCUGAAAAAAUAAAAAAAAUUGCUCGUUAUCACCAAUAUGAUUGCGUUAAAGAAACUUUACGAGUUAUGGAGAAAUCUUCCCUUAAAGGAGGAGUGAAUAACCAUACUACCGGUAGUGGUAAAUCUGAUACCAUGGCCUUUUUAGCCAACCAAUUACGCCGUAAACAUUCUGACUGCACUAUUAUUGUAAUUACUGACCGCAACGAACUUGACCGACAAAUUUACGACGAACGCUUUCGCGAAUAUGAGGGUACCUUUUUCACACUUGGAGAUUUAGUUAUUAUUGAAGACAUUAAUAAAUUAAAAAAGGAGUUGGAAAAACCUAAUCAAGGAAAAAUAAUUUUCGCUCUCGUUCAGAAAUUUCAGGAUUUAGUAGACUUAAAAGAAAAUAAAAUAACCUUUGAGAAUAAAGCAGGAGUUUUUGUUUUUAUUGAUGAGGCUCACCGCUCGCAAAAUUUAAUUGCCGAUAAUGAAACCAAAAAAGCUUUUUUUCUAGGCUUCACCGCUACUCCUAUUGAAGGAAAAACUUAUGAAGAAAUCGGCCCCCCUAUUCAUACUUAUUCAGCCAACCAAGCCAUCCAAAAUGAAAUAAUUGUUAACAUAAUUUACGAAGAAGCCUACAAAUUUUUACCAGAAACGCAUUGA